AGGAGGGGAGGGUGCCGUGAGGCCUGGGUUUGCUGGCUUGAGCAGCUUCUGCCGGGGCUUGAAGGGCGGUCAUUCCGCAGUGUGGGGCCACCAUGGGCAAGCGAGUGGCUGUGGUUCUUGCGGGCUGCGGCGUCUUCGAUGGCAGCGAGAUUCACGAGGCCUCGGCGGCGCUGGUGCACCUCAGCCGCGGCGGCGCGGAGGUGAAGAUAUUUGCCCCCAACAUUGAGCAAAGGGAUGUGGUCAAUCACCUAAAAGGAAGUCCAGCAGAAGAGAAGAGAAAUGUGUUAGUGGAAAGUGCCAGACUGGCAAGAGGAAACAUUCAGGAUUUGGCUGAACUGAAAGCUAGUGAAUUUGAUGCAGUUAUUUUCCCUGGUGGCUUUGGUGUAGCAAAGAAUCUGUGUUCCUGGGCUGUAGAUGGCAAGAACUGUACUGUCAAUGAGCAUGUGAAGUCCACACUCCAAGCGUUCCACAGUGCUAAAAAGCCCAUUGGGUUGUGCUGUAUAUCACCAGUCCUGGCAGCUAAAGUCUUUCCUGGUUGUGAAGUCACAGUUGGCCAGGAUAAAAACGUAGAUGGAAGGUUUCCUGAUGCUGAAACUGCAUCUGCUAUAGUGGAGCUUGGGUGUAAGCACAUUUGCAAAAACGUGAACGAAUCCCAUGUGGAUGAAGCCAAUAAAAUAGUUACUACCUGUGCUUUCAUGUGCAAGGCUCCUCUGCAUGAAAUCUUUGAUGGAAUUGGAACAAUGGUACAAGAAGUCCUGAAACUUGCCUGACUGGAACCAUACAGACUUCUGCAAGGAAAUCAGUUUAGCUAAGCAAAAGCAUUUAGCUUCAGUUGUUGGUAUUAAUAAAACAAUGCAACUAUUAAACUUCACAGUUCUUGUUUUCUUCUUGUGUAGUUUCUUUCUUUUGCUCUUUUCUAAUCUAAUACAUCAAAUGUUUAUUGCUAAGUUUAUCCUCUGUAUUUGUGUUUUAAAA